GACGCCCCGCCCCCCGCGCGGUGCUGCGGAACCAGGAGCCCCGGGCGGCGGCAGCCGAGGCUGGACAGGCGGCCAGGGGUGAGGGAAGGACGACGACGACGACGACGGAGACGAGCGCGGCCGGGCCGAGCUGAGGCGAGAGCGGCCGCCGCGAAGCGGGCCAGCCGCACGGACGCCGGGCUCCAGACAUGGUGCUGAUCAAGGAGUAUCGAGUUAUCCUGCCUGUGUCUGUAGAUGAGUACCAGGUAGGACAGCUGUAUUCAGUGGCAGAGGCCAGUAAGAAUGAAACUGGUGGUGGUGAAGGCGUGGAAGUCCUGGUGAAUGAGCCCUAUGAGAAAGAUGGAGAGAGGGGCCAGUAUACCCACAAGAUCUACCACUUACAGAGCAAAGUACCGACAUUUGUUCGUAUGCUGGCCCCAGAGGGAGCCCUGAAUAUCCAUGAAAAAGCGUGGAAUGCCUACCCCUACUGUAGAACAGUUAUUACAAAUGAAUAUAUGAAAGAUGACUUCCUGAUUAAAAUUGAAACUUGGCACAAACCUGACCUUGGAACACUGGAAAAUGUGCACAAACUGGAGCCAGAUGUAUGGAAACACGUGGAAACCGUUUUUAUAGAUAUUGCAGAUCGGAGCCAAGUGCUUAGCAAGGAUUACAAGCAAGAAGAAGAUCCAGCAAAGUUUAAAUCCAUCAAGACAGGCCGGGGACCACUGGGUCCCAAUUGGAAGAAAGAAUUGGCAAAUCAGAAAGACUUGCCGUACAUGUGCGCCUACAAACUGGUAACCGUCAAGUUCAAGUGGUGGGGCCUCCAGAACAAAGUGGAAAACUUUAUACAGAAGCAAGAGAAGCGUCUGUUUACAAAUUUUCACCGGCAGCUGUUCUGUUGGCUCGAUAAGUGGGUUGAGCUGACUAUGGAUGACAUUCGCAGGAUGGAAGAUGAGACCAAGAGACAGCUGGAUGAGAUGAGAGAAAAAGACCCUGUGAAAGGAAUGACAGCAGAUGACUAAUGCCAUCCCUUCCCCUCAGCACUUUUUGCAAGACAGUGGUCAGCAGGAAGGCCCAGCAGCUCCACCCUCCCGAGUGACAGGCCAUCUUCGGACCCAGCCUUUCUGUGCCCAUUCAACAGGCGAUUUCCAAUCCCUCGUAGCUAAUUCUAGAUGCCCUUUAAUAUUGUGAACAAAUAGACCGUCUGGUAUUAUUAAGCACAUGUGUGCGGGAGCUGGCGCCUCUGAGAUGUGUGGCGUAUAGGCUGCUGGAUUGACAGCUCCUCCCUCCUCUCUCCAUUGUGUUCUGACCCAUUUCCAUGUGGCCCCUAUUUCCAAGUGACAUUUUUAGCUGAAAUAGCUGUCUUUUGUGAUGUGAUUUAAAUGAUUUAAGUUUGUCUGUUUUAAACCUGGGAUAAACUGAGGCCUCUUGUAUCCUGGCCAGACCCUCAUGAUUUUGAGUGCUAACCUGGAGAGAAAGAAGCUAUUGGAUGGACUGAUGGAUUUUUCUCCUCCUCCUCCCCACCCCCCACCCUUCCCUCCCUUCCCCUGGCCCUUGGAAUGGCAGUGCAGCUUCAAGACUUAACAUUUGCUUCUAGCAUCCCAGUAUUCUGGUGCUUCAUACCAGGGUGGCCAAGGCUUAGCCAGUCCUAGUUUAGCAAGAAAACCAAGCCCCGCCCUGCGCACCAGCACUUGCAGUCACUAUCUUUGGAGACACCUAAUAGCUUCUGAAACCAUUCUGUCACUCAUUCUGUCUGCAGUCCAUUUGCAGCGCCCAUAGCCUCCCUGUCAAGUCUCCGGCUAGAGGGGCUCUGUCCCAUUCGGCCCUUGGAACUCUCUCACCUAUGCUGAGUGACCCGUUGGGGUGCUAUCUCUGUGCGCGCUGCCUCUCAGUCAGGCCGGUGCUUCUGUUGAGCAAUAAGCCCCUGUUCUCUCGGAGCCCCCUUCCCUGGCUUUGAGACUGGCGAGGAUGCGAGGUCCCAGUAUUUUCAUGCUGCAUGCAAGAAACCCCUUUUGUCCUAAACCAAAUCCUCUCAUCCCCAGUGUUGCUGGAGAGGGAUUAGGAAGAGGCCCCGGGCCUUCCUUUGCCCACACUGAGCUCAGCUCUCGACAAUCCCAUAGGGUCAGAGGGAUGCUUCCAUCCACACUCCCCGGGCUGGGCCUGGGGAGGAGGUGGAGCCUCUAGCCAAGCUGGCCUUCCAGGCAGGGCCCUGACUAGAAUUAGCCAGCUGCUGGAGUGCCCUCUUCCUCCUCUUCCUCCUCCUUCUCCUCCUCCUCCUCCUCCUCUUCAUCAGAACUGAGAGGACUGUUAUCCCACCACGGGCGCAUCCCCGAAGCAGCUGAGAUGUCACCGUUUCUCCAAAGCUGCUCCAGUCUUCAGUGUUCUAAGCCCAAGCUGCCCCGUGCUCGCACUGCCCAAGAGAGAGGCGAGAUCCCCAUGGUCAGGGAGGAGGUAGUUUGUCUGCGGGUCUCUGGUAGUUUGCUUUGCCUUACUUAUUUCUAAGUGCAAUAAAAGGAGUGUAGGACUUCACCUGCGACUCUGGCGGACCCUUCUCUGGGACCCUUCUGGGGGAAUGGGGGAGGUAGCCCCAGAGCCACCCAAGGUGAAGCCGGGCCUGGGUCUCUCAAGAGAGUUCCUUCUGGCCACGAUCCAGCCUCGUUGGCUGCAGCAGAUGUCCCGCGGCAGACACCUCCUCGGGAGCCCCUCACCAGUCAGACAGCUGGGGCAUUGCAAGCCGUCCUUUGCGUGUUGACUCCCUCGGGAAAAGUCAGUGUUGCCCUUAUCAUUCUCUUGCUAUUAGCCAUAUUUGUGCUUAAACAACAGUUUUCUUCUCCCUCCUUCAUCUGGAAGGUGGGGUCUAGACAUCUGUGACAUUCAGAGCUAAUGAAUGUUUGCACCGUAGCAGUCGGGAAAGGCACAAAGGAGAACGUCCUUCCAAGACCAGGCUCUCCAGCUUCUAAAUAAGAUCAAUGCACAAAACUUGAGAUCCUCCUGAGGUGUUUAUUUCCUACCUCCUCUUUGUCUGUACCACCCCCUCCUCCCAUUUUGACCCAGAGCGAAAGUAUCCGCGAGACCCGGGCCGGGGCAUCCCUUAGGAUCCGCUCUGAUCUUGGAGCAUCCGAGGGACGCUCCCUCGCCAAGGGAGCCGGGCCUCACCUUCCGGGUGCUGCUGCUGCUGGGGGAAGGUGUUGGCUUCUCUGAGACAUUCCCAGCCCCCGGCCCUGCCCCCACCCUUGCUAGCCCUUAGAGGAGCCGUCCUCCCGGGAGGCACCGGGGGCGUCGGGCCGGGCUGGGCUCCAGAGGGGCUGCUGCUAUUAGAUUCCCGGCCCGCGGGCCGACGAGACCCUCCUGGCUAGGAAGCCCCGGGGCUGGCAGCGCCCGGGCGCCUUCUCGGGACCCCGACACGGUUUGGUUGGUUUUCCUUUUGCAAAAUCACUUUGUAGAAUUAACUAGAUUUCCUUGUUGUUUCUUUCAUGUGAGUUCGUGCCUUUUUGUCUCCUAAUCUUCCAAUGCCGUGUGUUGGGGGAAAAGUCUAAUAAAAGCAUAGACACAG